GGCAGUCAAUUCAGGCUCGGACCGCUCUUUCCCGAACUUUCUUCAAAACGUUAAUGAGAAAUGGAUCUCUUUUUCUAUUUUGGGAAAAACAAAAAGGAAUCUCGUCCAGUAAAAACCCUAAGAAUUUCACUCUCAUCUUUAAGGGAUCAUCAUGGAGUGUUUGUUCCUUUCACUGAAGUCUUAGUACGUUGUUUUCAGUCCUUUUGUUCUUGAAGAAGUUAUUAUGCCUCUGUGUUUCUUCUCGGGAACCCUAAUUUCUACUUCUUAGCUAUUUCUUCAUGACGAAUUCGUUACUAUGGAUUUUAUUGCUGUUUAUUUGGCGGUGUGCACUCGUAUAUGGGGAAUCAUCGACCUGUGUUAUGGUCUACAAUGAGGGUGGGGCUCCGGCUGUGUUUCAGUCGCACAAAUGCUCUCGAUGGAGGCUCGAUGAUGAAAGGAAGAGGCCGAGGGCUAAUUGCCAGGUAGCCAUCUCUCAGGGUAGGAGGAGGCACCAAGAGGAUCGUGCUUUCUGUGCUCUUGAUAUGCGAGUUCCGUUUCCUGGAAGGAGAGAGGGCAAGGAGAUUAAGGUUGAUCUAAUUGCUGUUUUUGAUGGUCAUAAUGGUGCUGAAGCCAGUGAGAUGGCAUCUAAGCUUCUUCCAGAAUAUUUUCUUCUGCAUGUGUAUUUUCUUCUUGAUGAUAUAUAUUCCAUAUUGUCAAAGAAAUCUGCUGAGAAAUUGCCAUACAAAGAACCAGAAAGAAUUCUUGAAGGAUUUGAUGAUUCAAAUGGCGAGAUUGAAAGGUCUAAUUGGGUAUUGUCAAGGAUCUAUGAUGGAUCAAUUUACAUGGACAUUUUGAAGGAAUCUUUGUUAAGGACAAUCUAUGAUAUCGACGCCACAUUUUCAAAGGAUGCUUUCCGACAUAAUUUAGAUUCUGGCUCUACGGCCACUAUUGUUCUUAAAGCCGAAGGCCAUGUUUUAGUUGCUAAUGUUGGAGACUCAAAAGCUCUUCUAUGCUCAGAAUGUUUUGAUGUCUCACAAGAGAUUGAAGGCACAUUUUCCAAGGCUUACAGGCGUAGAAGGCGGGCUUUGUCGCUUAUGAGAGGCCAUGGGAAUUUGAAGUUAGAUGCCAAUGUUAGCCCGAGGCGUUUAUGUGUAAAGGAACUUACCGAAGACCAUCACCCUGAUAGAAAUGAUGAAAGGAUGCGUAUAGAAGCAGCUGGUGGUUUUGUUGAAGAAUGGGGUGGUGUGCCUCGAGUUAAUGGAGAGCUAGCAGUGUCUCGAGCCAUAGGUGAUGUUUCACUUAAAAAGUAUGGUGUUAUAUCAGCACCUGAGGUGACAGAUUGGCAACCUUUAUCAAACAAUGAUAGCUACCUUGUAGCUGCAACUGACGGAAUCUUUGACAAAUUAACCACCCAAGAUAUAUGUGAUUUAUUAUGGGACUUUGGCAUGCAAAGCAAGAUGAAAGAAGGCACAAUUUCUACAGAAAACAUUCCAUUGGCUGAAUGUCUGGUAAACAGUGCUUUUGAGCAGGGUAGCAUGGAUAACUUGGCUGCCGUUGUAGUUCCUCUUGAAUCUCAGGAUACCUCUGUAGACCGAAUGAAGGCAAGAUAUGAUCAAGUAGAAAAUGCACAUGUGAUGUCUAACAAGAUUGAGAAGUUAAGUUAUAGUGGAUCAGCUAAUGAUGGCACGACUUCUGGCCUUAUUCCAGUGGAAUUCAUGAAUCGCAUUCUGGCAGAUUUUACCCAAAUAUUGGUAAAAGCUACUCAUGAUACAAUACGCUGUUUUCAUUUAUUUGAGAAUCUCAAUGACAACAAGGAUUACAUGUUUGGCUCGUUAAAAGAAAAUGAGCAUCACACAACAUAUGAUUCACUGUAUGCUUUACCUGAAGUCAUAGAACAACAACAAAGUGAUUGGCCUUUGGAUCUAUACAAUGGCCAUUAUUUAUGCUUGAACUUGGGGAUGGAGUUUGAAGGAGAGAAGGGACAAUGCAUUAAUCCAGAAGGGUUUGCAAGGGUUCUUGGCUUAAUCAGAUCGGUUCCAUUUAAUGAGAUCAAUAUCAAUGCCUCCGAGUCAUAUGUAUACGGCUCCUCAAAUUUUAGGUACAUUCUUAAGAGAAGAUUUGACCGUGGAUCAUAUGGUGAAGUUUGGUUGGCAUUUCACUGGAAUUGUUCACUUGGUGCAGGUCGUUUCAAUUUUGCACAAAACACGAAGCCGGUUGACGCAAAGUUUUCUUCAUGUAUCCCUCCACUUCACAAUCUUUAUGAGUAUGACCUUAAUAUGAGAAAAAACUCCACUUGUCCUAAUCCCUCUGAUUCUAGCUUGGGAGAUUCAUUUAUUUUGAAGCGAAUAAUGGUGGAAAGAGGCAAUAGUGCUUACUUAAGUGGCCUGCGUGAGAAACAUUUUGGAGAAGUUUUCUUGAAUGCUUCUGCGUUUCUAAGAGGCUCAUCCCCAACAGUCCUGUCAAAUUCUUCUGCAGAGGUAGCAGAAGUUGAAUCAAAUCAGUCAUCAUCACUGAACAGAUCAGUACGAGUUGAUAUGGGAUAUCCCUGGAAUCUUACAGAAACAUUUCUUGGCAACAUGCAAGUGUGGGGUGCUGAUUAUGAGGAAGGAUUGAUGCACGUGGCGAGAUAUAUUGAGUCAUUUGAGUCUCAGUCCAAAGAAAUUUGGCUUGUAUUUCGGAACGAAGGGCGCUCGUUGUCAAAAUUGAUAUACACUGCAGUAGAAAUUGAAAACAGUACGGAUAAUCAAAGUGUUCACAGGGAAAACAUCCAGGUCUUGCAUCCAUCUUCUUGGUGGUAUUGGCUAAGGAAGACAGUAGCAGGAAAAGAGCAGAUGCGCAACAUCAUAUGGCAGUUGUUGCUGGCCCUCAAAUCAUGUCAUGAUCGCACCAUCAUCCAUAGGGAUAUAAAACCAGAGAAUAUGAUCAUAUGCCUAGAAGAUGAUGAUACUGGGAGAUGUUUAGAGGGAACUCCAACUGGGGAUCAUCGAUAUCACUUAAAAUUGCGCAUUAUUGACUUUGGUAGUGCUGUUGAUGGAUUCACGAUCAAACAUCUCUAUGGAACAAAUGGACCUUCGAGGUCUGAACAGACUGUUGAGUACACUCCACCUGAAGCUACUCUGAACGCAAGUUGGUUCAGGGCACCAACAGACAUAGCUUUGAGGUAUGAUAUGUGGAGUGUGGGGGUUGUGAUGUUAGAGCUGAUCAUAGGAUCGCCCCAUGUUUUUCAAAUAAGUUCUCGAACCCGUGCUCUUCUCGAUCAGCAGCUCAAUGGAUGGAAUGAGGAAACAAAAGAGCUUGCAUAUAAAUUGAGAUCAUUCAUGGAAAUGUGCAUCCUUGUCCCUGGAACUUCCCCUCAAAAUCUGCAGAAUAGUUGGAAAGGACACCAUGAUGAUGCACAUCCAGCUUCUUGGAGAUGCUCUGAGGCGGCUUUUUCAGAUCAAAUUAAGAAUAGAGAUCCUCUUAAACUGGGGUUUCCAAAUAUUUGGGCAUUGCGAUUGGUUCGCCAACUAUUGUUAUGGCACCCUGAAGAUCGUUUGAGCGUUGAUGAUGCUCUGAGGCAUCCUUACUUCCAACAUCAUCCUGGAUGAUGAACCUCCAUUUCGUCCCAGUGAGUUGAUAUUUCUUCCCGUCACCCAUUUGAAAAAUUUCAUUGCCACCCCAGUUCUUCUCUAUUGUUGCAUUUUACUUUAAUCACACCUUUUGUUACACCCAUAAAGAAGACUAAAAAUACUUUUUGUAUUUUAAUGAAAAAGAUUGAGCAAACAUCUUUGGGUCUGCACAUGACAUUUAGCAGGUCAACUGCAUUACCUAUACAAUAUCUACUCUCAUCCUGUAUUGUGUACCCCAAGAGAGAGAGAGAGAGAGAGAGAGAGAGAGCGAGAGAGAGAGUACUGUCAACCCAGUUUUGCUUGACUCGAGCAGUCCAACAACUUUGCUGCCGGAAUUAGUGGCAUGCAGUUCUGGUCGUAUAUGCACGUUGUAUUGUAUUCCAGUUUCAGAAAAGGAAACGGCUUUUAGGUUU